GUUUGUGUGUUUUUCGUAAACACAAGAAGGCAAUACACAACCAGACACAAAAACACCUCGCCGUGACGGUUAGAAUAUAUGUCACCAGUCGUCCUACCGGCCACCGUAUAGCUCAGUGUGAGGAGUUUAUCCCGUCAAGAGAGCGACGUCGCUUCUCCCGUCGACUUUCCGUCAAGCUCGUCAAGGAAUGACAACAAACUAUCAGCUAACAGCUAGCUAAGCUAAUGCCAACUCGUUCACACGUUAGCUAGGUAGCUUAGCUCCAAUUGACGCUUAGCUAAGUGUCUGUCUCCCUCCGAGCCAAGUGGACUCGCUCAUGGUGGUCCCAGUUCAAUGGGGAACUGCCUGUUUUCACAAGGUGCGGAUGACCUGUCGCUGCUGAACGAGUCCGAGGGGGGCAGUCUGCCCGGAGAGCCUCCGCCGCCCUACCAGGAGCGCACCCAGCCUGUGCCAGUGUACCAUCCCACCCCAGGGGAGAGCCGUCUAGCUUACCAACUGACCGAAGAGGAGCAGGUCCGCAUUGCUCAGCGAAUCGGCCUCAUCCAUCACCUGCCCAAAGGCAUCUUCGACCCGGGCUCAGACCCCUCUGACAAGAAAGUUAAAGAGUGUGUGAUCUGCAUGAUGGAUUUUGAGUACGGUGAUCCCAUCCGGUUCUUGCCCUGCCUUCAUAUUUACCACGUCGAUUGCAUUGACCCCUGGCUGAUGCGCUCCUUCACCUGCCCUUCCUGCAUGGAGCCGGUAGACGCAGCCCUGCUGUCCUCUUACGAAACCAACUGAGCAGCCCCACGACGGCCGCUUCUGCCUAAAAGUAACUGCACCUUUUUUAGCCGAAACUGUCCUAGCUGUUCCAACAGGUAGCCAAGGUGAUGUGGCAUUAUGCAGAUGUUUUGGAGGGUGUUUUAGGAAACAGAUAGGUGUUGAAAACUGUGCCCACAGUACAUUGUUUAAGUCUGUUAAGCACCUAUUUCAGGCUUUGGAAACUCUUUGCCUUUUACAGUAGGACAACGUGCCAAAUAAAACUAGAUGAAGAAUAUGGAAAGCUGAACACGUAGCAAAAAUAUUACUGCAAAGUAAUUUCACUUUUGUAUGUCUAUUUUAAUUUGUGUUUUUAUGGUAAUUAGAUGCAUGUCACAAAUGUAAUUGACUCCCCCUUUCUAGACGUAAUGUGCAAUAUGUUUGUAUAAAUGGAGAAAAUGUAGGGAAUUGUCUUGGUCAAGUGAAGUUACUGUGUUUUUAAAAUGAACCAGUGGCCUUGAAUGUCACUCAAACACAGGCUGCUCUACUUAUAUGCAAUCAUCAAAACAGAAAAAUAUGUUUUACUGAACAAAGUUAAGUUAUGAGGUCCCAUGACCACCCAUGUCUACAGCGCUAUGAGAUAGAGUGGUGCCAUUUUAGAUAGAAGAUAUUUGAAGAUUGAAUCUAUUUUAUUUGACUAGGGUCUUGUUGUCUGUACUGUAGUUUUUCCUUUAAAGCUGCUUUUACAAAUAUGAAUCAGUCUUUUUGCCUUCCCACAGUAUGGAUCCCUUCCUUUGUUUUGCCUUGAGUGUGUGCUCUCUGUGUGUUCUUUUCAUUGUUUACUGUCAGUGACAUUUACAAACAAAAUACGCUGUGCAAUUCCCCUUAAAGCACCUUGGGAUACCCCUCGUCUGGCACCCUGUAGCUUGUAGAUUUCGUAGAUGAUUGUGUGUUUUGAUAUGUGUGUCUGUGUGUGUUUUUUGAGGAGAUGGUGGGUAGAGAUUGGCAUGUUGAGGUAACAUUGUGAAUUAACCCUGUCAGUUGUAAACCCGUGUCAUUUCUUCUGUUUUAGUUUGAAGCCGUUGAGUUUUGUUUUGUGUUGAUGGCCUUCUCAUAGAAAGUGAUACAUUUUCAGAGCUCCGUGGUCUGGUGAAACAAAUUUGCUUUAUCUUUUGGUAUUAGGCGUGUACUCUCUGAUACUGACUGCGUAGUAAUGUAUAGCACAAACAAGUAAAAUGCUGAAGGAGGAGCUGCAGCAGUAAAAGGGAAUGUAUCUUGAAUGUAAAGCAUUAUUUCAGCUUUUAAAGAUUCGGACAGUUUACGUGACAGUAAGAGGACAUUUCUGAUUUACUCAGGCUGCUGUGCCUUUUAAGGUUGAGGUAAGCCAAUUCCUGUGAAGUACAAUCAUUUCUGACAUGACUUGUUUUUCUUUUAGUUGUCCUCUACGGGGAAACAGAUACCAGCACUCUACUGAUUUGUGUCACUAUAAAUUAGACCAGAAAUGAAGCCAGACAUUUGCUCUGGCUGCUGUUAACAAUCAGUUUGUGUUUUUAAUUUAUAAUGUGUGCCACUGGUGCGCAGAUUUUAGGAAAGUCAUGAAACCACAAUAAAAGUGGAUACCAAAUUUUACACAA